AUGGUUAACAAGUCCACGCGAUGUGCGGCGGAGCUUACUGAGAAGGCAGCUGCGGCUGUUAACGCAGCUGCUCUUGACGAUGCCCAGUUUCUCGCGGCAGACGAUGCUUCAUCUGCUGCUGCUUCAAUUCUUUCUGCAGCACAAGGUGCUGCAGAGACACGUGGUGAGUCACCACUUGCAAAUGAUGAUUAUAGUUCCCAAGUGGAACUCAACGAAUUGGGGGAGUCAGACAGUGAAUUCGACUCGUAG